AUGUUAGCUGAAGGUAUUCAAGCUUUGCUUGGCACUCGUGGUCCAUACUGCUAUGACUACUUUGUCACAGGGGAUGAAGGCAAGGAUUAUUUAGAAGGCCGUCAAGUCCUUGUUCUCGGCGCAGGUGGAUUAGGCUGCGAACUUUUGAAGUGCUUAGCUAUGUCUGGCAUCAAACACAUCCAUGUUGUCGAUAUGGACACAAUUGAUGUUUCCAACUUAAAUCGUCAAUUCCUUUUCCGUCAAAAAGAUGUAGGACGCUAUAAAUCCGAAGUUGCUGCCGAAUUCAUCAAGCGUCGUGUUCCAGACUGCGAAAUCACUUCACAUACAUGUAAGAUCCAAGAAUUCCCAGAUGAUUUCUUCUUACAAUUCGAUGUAAUUAUCGGCGGCCUUGAUAACGUCAAUGCCAGACUCUACAUGAACGACAAAGUUGUUCAGAUCGCCAAAGAAGGAGGUCCAGUCAUCCCAUACAUCGAUGGUGGUUCCGAAAAAUGGAUGGGACACUGCAAAUUCAUCAAGCCAUUAGAGACAGCCUGCCUUAGCUGCUAUCCAUCAAUUAUGAAGACCAAACCACAGCAAUUCCAAUUCUGCACAAUCGCUACAAACCCUCGCCAACCAGAACAUUGCGUUGCCUGGGUUAAAGACAUUCUCUGGCCAAAGGAGCACCCAGGAGAGAAGCUCGAUGGCGAUAACGAUGACCAUAUCGCAUACGUCGUUGAAAAAGCAAAUGAACACGGAAAGAAAUACAAUUUAGGCGAAAUCACACCAAGAAUGGCUCGUGGCGUUAUCAAGAAUAUCAUCCCUGCUAUCGCAUCUACACAAGCAUUCGUUGCUUCCAUGUGUACAACUGAAGCUAUCAAAUACAUUACUGGAUGCGCUCCAAACUCCAACAAUCAGCAGGUUGUUGGCGAUAAUGGCAUUGCUUACGCUAAUACCGUAAUGCAGAAGAACAGUAAAUGCGAGAAAUGCAGUGAUGAAUUCACAAUUGAAUACAAGGCAGAAGAUAAGACAUUACAACAGUUGAUUGAUGACCUUGAAAAUGUUUAUAAGCUUACUGCACCAAAGAUUUCUAAUGGCGCCGAAAAAAUUUAUUAUCCAAACUUAAUUCCUGAAACAAAACUCAAUUUACCAAAGAAACUAGUUGAAUUGGCUGCAAUAGGAGAUGAACUAAUUGUAGCUUGUUCUGGAUCUCAGAACUUUUACACAGUAAUUUUGGGUUAA